GCCUGCUUUCAGGUGGAAGAGUCUCUCCAGUUUAAGUUCACGACCUUGAAGGAUGCCCUGGUUGGUGUUCACAACUUUUUCGGAGAUGAUAUAGGAACUGGACGAGGAGAGUGGCCCAGGAAAACCGCUGAGACGAUGCUCACCAUCUUCGCACAUGCUCGGCGACUGAAGGACGAGGUACGUUUCCACGAAGCCAGCAGCAAGCUCACCAACCACGAAAGGAAGGCCCUGACACAAGUCAGGGCCUUGACACUUGGCAUGGCGCAGGAGGAGGAGGAGGAGGAGAGAAAGACUGCCAAGCUGCCGAUUUCGAAGGAGGAAGAUGAUGAAAUGGAAAAAGCCAAGAAAGUCUCGAAGAAGGAAAAGGAAAAGCUGCCGUUUUCGGAGGAGGAAGAUGAUGAAGAUGCAAAAGCCAAGAACAAAAGGAAGGAGUUGCAGAGGAUUCGGAGUAUGGAGAUCCCGGCCACCCCCUCCGUUUUCGACGCCUGGAGCCAGGAUGCCAACGAAUGCUCACCAGUUCCCACGAAGAAGCGAGUACUAAAGGACGCCAUCUUCAUCAAAAAGAAGCCAGCAGCAAAGGACCCCAAGGAAGGAGGAAAGGCAGCUCAAAAGGCAGCUGCAGAGGAAGCCGAG